CUCUCUCUCUGGCAAUGUAGCAGAGCUGUAAUACCUGAUGCUGGAUGCUGGACUGAGCAGUAUGACGCGUAAAGCCACGUGACCCGCCGGAUUCCACCUUCCCAACCUCCUGUUGAUCGAACUUGAUCUUCAUCUUCAUCUCCUUCCCCACGGAACGCGCAAGAGCUCCAGCUUCGUCUUGCAUAUCAUUGUCCACUAAUUUACGCUCUAGUGUAGAAUUGCCUCUAGAGUCGGGGAUUGAGCAUGAUGGUUGCUCCAGCAGAACCUCGCGCGCCAGGAGCAUUCCCAGCUCCCAAAGCCUCAUAUAUGAGCUCAUACGGACCUGAAUCCUGAUCCACACAGCCAGGGGAGAUCUGCGUCAAUUGUCAGCUGCGAUGGAUGCUGCACAUGCUAGGGAAAUUGCUAUCCACCGUGACUGACCAUUUCCAGCCCAGCAGCCAUGACUUCUCAUUCUUUUUUGAAUCAACUUCUCUUCUUUACCCAUGUCUGGCCAUUACACUUUGUAUGAUCAUCUGUUAUCUCUUGUCGUUUAUUCUACUUCACAAGGUUUACUGACUGGCCUGCCGGUGUCUGUGGCCAGUCCUCGUUCCUUCGUGGAUUGAUAUUCUUUCCUUCUCCGCUUUUUGGUACCUUCGGGUUCGCACAUCAUGCUGGUUCAUCUUCCCUAUUCGGGCUCCCUGCUUUUAAUACUUGUAGUGUCAACAUUUGCACUGCACGCCAGUCCCUGGGCCGGUUCCCGUGAACAUGGCGGCUACCUGUCUCAUCGCCACUCUCAGAGCCUACGAUCGAGAUCGCCUACUGACGUGAGCCCCAAUAGUGAUGCGACCACGAGUUCAUCUCAUCGGUUUUGGUACGAAGUCAUCGCCCACAAUGGUGAGGCCUCCUUCAUGGACCCUUCCCAAAAGUCCAAUUACAAGGUGUUCCGGAACGUCGUGGCCGAUUUUAAUGCCGACAACACCGGCCAGAGUGAUGCGUCGGCAGCCAUCCAGAAGGCCAUCGACACCGGUGCUUCGAACGGACCGGGCCGCAACACCAAGAAACUUGGUACAACUAGUCAGCCGGCGGUAGUGUACAUCCCCAGUGGCACCUAUCUGCUGCGAAACAGCUUGCAGUUGUAUCUCGGGACAGUUGUCGUGGGAGACCCCAUAAACCCGCCUGUGCUCAAGGUGGCUUCAGGAUUUUCCCCUGACUUCGUGGUCCGUGCCAAGGAUCCCAACUAUGGUGGUACAGAUAACUUCUUUGUGGGGUUUAAGAAUAUAGUCAUUGAUUCCACCGAUGUACAUCCGGACCAGACGUUGACCCUCCUGGACUGGACCGUUAGUCAGGCGACGCAGUUGACGAAUGUUUUUUUCAAUAUGCCGAAUGACUCGACGGGGCAUGUCGGCUUGAGCACAUUGUCGGAUUCGAAUAGUAAUUUGAUCUUGAAUGAUCUCCGAUUCCAUGGCGGACGCGUUGGUGUGGAACUUGCUGGACAGCAAUGGGUCUUCAAGAACAUGACGUUCAGCGGCACCGCCACCGGGGUUCUUGCCAGAGGGUUCGAUUUGGUUUUCCUCGGAUGCCAUUGGGAAAACGGUCAUUUCGGUAUUAAUGCUGAGUCUGUAACUGGGUCUCUAACGGUCAUUGAUUCUAGCGGGACGAACUUGGUCUCACUGCUCAAGUCUCCUGAUUCCUCUACCUCAGGAAGCCCUAUCAUUCUCGAGAACAUUCGCAAUGAUGGAACAACAGUCACUCUUGCUGAUAAAAAAGCUCUAAUUGGCGAUGUCUUUGAUACUUGGAUUCACGGUGACCUGUACUACCCAGGCCACGGUUCUGGCAACCAUGUCGAUAGAAAAAUAGUUCCUACAAAACGCAGCCCUUCCCUUCUCGGUGAUGAGGGCCGCUAUUUCACCAUGCGCCCUCCAACCUACGAGGAGUACCCGGUCGACUUUUUCGUCAACGUCAAGGAGGUCCCGGAGUACCCUGUCCACGGCGACGGUGUAACGGAUGAUACGGUAAGCAUCAAUGCAAUUUUGGCUGAAAACGCCGGCUGCAAGGUGGUUUAUUUCCCUGCCGGCACGUAUAUUGUCACCGGAACUGUGUUCGUACCAGCUGGAUCCCGCAUUGUUGGAGAUGCCUUCGCUUCCGUCAUCAGCGCACUGGGCCCGAACUUUAAGAACGAAAAUGUACCGGUCACCAUGGUCCAGGUAGGAAAUCCGGGAGAUGUAGGCGUUGCGCAAUUCAGCGACAUGAUGUUUACCGUGGCUGAUAUCCUGGAAGGAUGUAAAUUGGUAUGUCUGAGUUUACGCCUCAAAUUUAUCUAGUCUUGGCCACUAGCAGGCUAAUGUCGCAGGUCGAGAUAAAUAUUGCUGGCUAUAACCAUGGUGACGUCGGCCUCUGGAACACGCACUUCCGUAUCGGUGGCUCAAAAGGCUCCAAAGUCAGAACUGAGUGUGGUGGCUCACCGUCCUCCUGCAAGGCAGCCUGGGCCCUACUUCACCUAACUGCAACCUCGUCCACAUAUAUUGAAAACAUGUGGGGCUGGACCGCCGACCACGAUCUCGAGCUCGACGGCCACGUGAAGCAGAACAUCUCCACGGCCCGGGGUGCUCUCAUUGAAGCCAGGGGAGGAACAUGGUUGGUUGGAACUGGCUUUGAACACCAUACGUUAUAUCAGUAUAACUUUUACAAGGCAUCGAAUAUCUUUGCGGCACUACAGCAGUCAGAGACUCCUUACUGGCAGGGUGUGGGGAGUCCGGAUCUGGCACCAGCUCCAUGGACUUCAGCGCUGAUAGAGAGCGAUCCUUCUUUCCAGAACUGCUACCCUGAUGAUAGUACAUGCCGCAUGGCCUGGUUCGAGCAGAUCCAGGAAUCGUCGAACCUGUUUCUGUACGGGGGUGGCGUAUGGACCUUUUUCAACGCUAACGGAAAUUGCCGUGGCUGGUGCCAAAAGAAUGCGAUCCGAGUAGCGAAUGCGAAGGAUGUAUACUUGUACGGCACCAACACACAUAAUAUUGCCAACAUGAUAUUGGAGGGGCCUGUGGUGGUUGCACCGGCUGAUCGGCACGCUGGUGGUUGGGGAGGUGUGAUUGCAGGGAUGUUCCUUGGUUGAUUCUGUUGGUGGCCUUGUGUAUUCGUAUAGUGUAUAAAAUAGAGCAGACGCAGCAUAGCAAAUGAAUGGUAAUAGGCAUGUGC